UUUUGCUAUACUAAACAAAGUUUUCUUUCUUUGCUUCUUCUCAAUAUCUCAGUAUGUCUACUAAAAAUGUGAUUUCAUUUUUAAUGGUCAUAUGCAUCAUAGUCUCCGUAAAUGCAAGACCACUUUUUUCGUCUAUUUUUACUGAUCCAUAUCCGUACCUUAAUAGUUUACCAGGAUUUUUUCAUGUAUUCAGAUGUUAUUCAUCUGUGAUGAAAUUUCCAAUAUGCGUUAUACAAACUACUGAAUCCGUACGUAAUAAGCGAUGGGAAAUCAGUCCUUAUUGUUGCAAGGCAUAUUUACAUACCAAAGAUUACUGCUUGCCAAAAAUUCCCUACAUGCCAAAAUUUCCUUCUUUCAUAAGAAAUCAUUGUAAAAAAGUUGUUCGCAAGUAA